AUGGCACAAAAGAUACCGACAGCAAAAUCCAACGCUCGUUCGGGGCGACUCCUGAAGAGAACGGCACACGAAACGAAUGAGGCCGCACCAGAAGGUCGUCUCAAACGCCAGCGGACGUCAGCGAAAACAGAAAUCGCCCAGGCCGAGGAGCCCGUGCCACGACCAAAGUCUCGACCACAAACAGCACGCGGGAGAGGAUCCGCCAAAGUCUUACCUGUCCUUACCCAGAGGCCGGUCCGGCCCUUGAACAUCUACGUGAUGGGUGCCAACAGCGGCGGAGAAUUGGGACUUGGGCCCUCCGUUAAGUCGGGGUCCAUCGGGAAGCCGCGUCUCAACCCGUACCUUUCCGGGUCUGUGGGCGUUGUCCAACUCUCGCUCGGUGCUAUGCAUGGUGUUGCCCUGACACGGGACAAUACGAUUUUGACCUGGGGCGUCAACGACCACGGUGCUCUGGGACGCGACACCAGCUGGGAUGGCGGCCUGGUUGAUAUGGACGAGGAUGGGAGCGACAGUGAGGAUGAGGGCGAGUUGAACCCGAAGGAAUCCACACCAACCCCGAUCGACACAAACGCUAUGCCCCCAGAUACCGUAUUCACUCAAAUAGCCGCUACGGACAACGCAACAUUUGCCCUCACUAACACUGGCCGUGUUUAUGGAUGGGGUAGCUUUCGGUCCGAGGACGGCAAGCUGUCGUUCACACCUACAGUCCAGGUACAAACACGCCCAGCUCUCGUCGCUGCAGUCCAGAACAUCAUUAAGAUAUGUUGUGGGAGCAAUCAUGUCCUGGCCCUCACCGCGGAUGGUUUCGUGUACACUUGGGGACGCGGUACCGAUGCUCAACUUGGCCGUCGCUUCUCUUCCCGCGUCGUCGACUGGAGCAAGGAGGAUCGGCUCCGGCUCAACCACUCCUUCGCUAUUGACCGUGUCGGCCUGGUGUAUGGCUGGGGCUUCAAUAAUGCUGGCCAGCUCGGGACUAUAGACAUCACCAGCAGGUAUGAGUCCGAGUACGAAACCGCUCUCACCGUCUCGGUCCCCAGUCUCCUCAAAAGCCUGGUCGGGUUGCCACGCAUCACCCAAAUCACCGGCGGCAAUUUCCACAGCAUCGCAAUCGCCGAGACUGGGCAGUGUCUCACCUGGGGCCGUCUCUAUUCCUUCGCGACCGGCCUCAAGAUUGACACUCUGCCACCGCAAUUCGUCGUUCUCGACUCACGGAGCAAACCAAGCUUCCUCCGCGUCCCGACGGCCGUGCCAGAGUUGGAACCCGCUUUCGUGGCCGCGGCAAGUGAACACAGCCUCGCUGUCACGGUCAAUGAGCAGGUCUACUCUUGGGGUCUCAACCUGACCAAGCAGAUUGCUCAGAAGGAGGAGGAAGUGGAAGUGGCCACGCCCAUUCGCUCUUCCGUCGUUGACAAGCGAUUUGUCUGGGCUGGUGCAGGCGCCCAGUACAGCAUGCUUGGGGAGCUUGCUGAUAUUUGA